AUGGAGACGAGCGGAGCAGAUUCUCAUUCCCUCCCUCCUCCGCCGUACCUCCUCUUCCUCCCUCCGCCAUCGUCCCCUCGCGGCUUUGACCUGAAUAAUCGCGUGAGCCCCAGCAUGCUCCUCAUCAUCAUCAUCCUGGCUGUCAUCUUCUUCAUCUCCGGCGUCCUCCACCUACUCGUCCGGUUCCUCCUGCGCCCUCCUCCCCCCCUCCGCCGCGACCGGAGCUCCGACCCCGUGACCGCCCUGGAGGGCCAGCUCCAGCAGCUCUUCCACCUCCACGACGGCGGCGUUGACCAGUCGUUCAUCGACUCCCUCCCCAUCUUCCCCUACAACUCCAUCAUCGGCGUCAAGGACCCCUUCGACUGCGCCGUCUGCCUAUCAGAAUUCGACCCCGACCACAACCUCCGCCUCCUCCCCAAAUGCAGCCACGCCUUCCACGUCACUUGCAUCGACACGUGGCUCCUCUCCCACUCCACCUGUCCCCUCUGCCGCUCCUCCCUCCUCCCCGACUUCCCAUCCGCCGCCGCCGCCCGCUCCCCCUUCCUCCUCCUCCUCGAAUCCCGCGCCCACAGCUCCCGUGAUUUCCUUCCCUCCGACCACAAUCAAGCAAGCUCCUCCCAAUCGACCGACCAAAAAUCGGGUGAGAUUCAAAUUCAAUCGAAGGAUGACGAGAAUCAGAAAUUUGCCGCCGGAAAAGUCGUGGCGGUCAAGCUCGGAAAGUUUCGGAACGUCGUCGGAGGCGAAGGGAGUAACGGGCAUGAUAACGAUGCGGGCCCCAGAAGAUGCUUCUCGAUGGGCUCGUUCGCGUACGUCAUGGACGAGAGCUCGUCGCUACGCGUCCCGAUAAGGACUACGCCGUGGAAAAAGACGCCGGUGCCCCUGAUGCCGGGACACCGGCCGGCGAUCUCUGAAUUCGGCGGCGGCGGCAGCUGUGGAGGCUUCGGCUCGUCGUGGAGGGAGUUCAUCCACGGAGGAGUCGAGAACGGGGAGAAGAAUAGUUUUGAAUUUGGCGGUGAGGUAUAUAGUAGUAAAUCAUCUUCGGUGUCUAAGAAAGAGAGCUACUCGGUUUCGAAGAUUUGGAUGAGGUCGUCCGGGGGGAGGGACGAGUGGUCUUCGGGUGGGUCGAGACGGGCGUUUUCGUUUCGGUUUCCGAUCAACAACAACCGGUGGGGGAGCGAGGAUGGGGACGUGGGGAGCCGAGCGAGUUUGGAUUCGGAGGCGAACUUGCGGUCGUCGUUUGCUAGGAGGACGUUGUUGUGGAUUAUGGGGCGGCCGAGCAAGGUGGUUCAUCACUCAUCGGAGGCUUCUUCGACUGAUGUUGUUAUUGUUUAG